GAAGAUGGAGCAAAGCCAGCUGGAAUAACUGAGCACUUGGAUGAGUCGCCAUUAGUGGCAAAGCUGCCGCCCAGAGGCUUUCUUGCGCUCGAAAUACCCAAGGCGCCCUUGGCAAGAAGCCCUCUGCAGAUCUGGGAUCAGUGCCCCCGCUCACCCCACCGCUCCUUUACCCUGUCCUGGCGUCAACCACUUGGGAGAAUAUGGAAAACUGACCUAAGAUCAGGUGGCAGAAGGCAGCUCUCCCCCCCGUCCCCCCCCCCGUCCCCUGCGGCCAUGGCGGGGCUCAAACGUUGCCACGAUGGGAAGAUCGCCGGGCUCUACGACCUGGACAAGACCCUGGGGCGCGGGCACUUCGCCGUGGUCAAACUGGCCCGUCAUGUUUUCACCGGGGAAAAGGUGGCGGUCAAAGUGAUAGAUAAGACCAAGCUGGACCCGGUGGCGCGGGGCCACCUCUUCCAGGAGGUGCGCUGCAUGAAGCUGGUGCAGCACCCCAACGUGGUGCGCCUCUACGAGGUCAUUGACACCGCCACCAAACUCUACCUCAUCCUGGAGCUGGGCGACGGAGGGGACAUGUACGACUGCAUCAUGAAGCACGACGGCGGCCUCAGCGAAGAGGUGGCCAAAUGCUACUUUGCCCAGAUCGUCCACGCCAUCUCUUACUGCCACCGGCUGCAUGUGGUGCACAGGGACCUGAAGCCAGAGAACGUGGUGUUCUUCGAGAAACAGGGCCUGGUCAAGCUCACCGACUUCGGCUUCAGCAACAGGUUCCAGCCAGGCAAGAAACUCAACACCUCCUGCGGCUCGCUGGCCUACUCCGCUCCUGAGAUCCUACUGGGGGAUGAGUACGAUGCUCCCGCCGUGGAUAUUUGGAGUCUGGGGGUGAUUCUCUUCAUGUUGGUGUGUGGCCAGCCCCCCUUCCAGGAGGCAAAUGACAGCGAGACUCUCACUAUGAUCAUGGACUGCAAAUACACGGUGCCCCCUCAUAUCACCCACGCAUGCAGAGAUCUCAUAGGACACAUGCUGCAGAGGGAUCCUAAGAAACGGGCCUCCCUUGAGCUGAUCGAGGCGCACGACUGGCUGCAGGGUGUCGACCCCUCCCCUGCCACCAAACUGUCCACUCCCCUGGUGUCUCACCGCAGCCUGUCCGAAGAAGAGCACGGGGGCAUCAUCCAACGUAUGGUUCUGGGAGGCAUCACAGACCGGGACACUAUAACCGAAGCCCUGGAUUCAAAUAAGUACAACCACAUCACGGCUACCUACUUCCUGUUGGCGGAGAGAAUACUGAGAGAGAGGCAAGAGAAGGAGCAGAACAGCCAAACACGAUCAGCCAGCCCGAGCAAGGCCCAGUUCAGGCAAUCGUGGCCCACCAGAGUGGAUGUGCACCAGGAUGUCAGUGACGGGCUGGGAGGUCCUGCUAUUUCCCACCCCGGGGGUCCCCAGUCCCCUGCCCGCAGCGCUGAGAGCCUCCACAAAGGCCCCCGGCCCAAAACAGCCUUGCUUGACCUCGGCCAGCGACAGGAUAACUACAGUCAGACCUCCAUCCAGCAACCAGCCCGACACAACCAGGAGAGGGGCGUCAGGCCUCCGGUUAAGCCCCCCUCCAACCCCCUCAGGCUGGGGUCUCUGGCCCCAGGGGGCUCCGGCAAACCCCGCAGCCCUAGUCUGUUCAGUGUGGAAGAAGAUGAAGAGGAAGUGGGGGAGGAAGACAAGCGUUUGUUUUCCUCUGCACUCCCCACUCAGGUGGUGCUCCGUUGCAAAGCCUCUUCAUCAUCAUCUUCAUCCCUGUCCUCUCCCGCUAACCGUUUGACAUCUCGCAUGAGCGCUCCGGUUCUCAACCAAAUCCACGAGGAGGAAACAGAGGAGGAAGAGGAGGAGGAGAGGAAGGAAUUGCACGGACUUUGCUCGCCCAAAGUGAGCCUGAGCCUCAACCUGAACCAAAGAAUAGCAUCUCUGUCGCCGAUCAUCUCAUCACCCGACACGGUGACCCAAAUAGGGCUGGUCACCACAGCAACCCCCAGCUCAGAGACUAGUGAUGACCACGUUGAUGACGAUGCAGAGAGUCACAGUGAUCGGCCGCGAGUCCGGGACGCUGCAUCUGGCCAAGAGAAAGAAAGACAGAGAACAGGAGAGAGGGGCGGGGCAGGGCAGGGCAGCCCCUUCAGCUGUGCCAGCAGGGGCACAGCCAAGACGACCAAUGGCCUGGUGGAGAGCCUGAAGCUGAUGAGCCUGUGUCUGAGCUCCCAGUUCCACAACCUGACCGGGGGUGGCGGUGGUGGCGGGGGCGGGGGUGGUGGCAUGACCAAUGACCCUCAGGACCGGCUUGUGUGGAGGAUGUGCAUGGGGGGCUCCACGGGGAGCCUGGACAAAGUUUCUCUCCUUGGGGGGCCUUCGCCCAGAGGGAACCCUCAACGCCAAGACCCCCCGGGAGACCCCACGGGAGACCCCCUCCUGGAGGGACCCUGCUCGGGCACCCUGAGGUUGGGAGAGCUGGACUUAGCCAGGGAGAACCACAGGAACCUAAAGAGCCGAGUGCUGCAGAUGCCCCUGACCGACAAAACUUUAUCCGUCAACAUCCACCGGAGCCCAAAGGAGGGUCUCCUCUGUACACCCACCCCACACAGCUGCUGUCAGGUCAUCUAGAGUACAGACAGACCCACCAAGCUCCAUUUUACACCCACACACCUCAGACCUGCUGAGCUUCGACACUCCUCCGCCUCUCCUGCACCCCGCCGGACACUUUUCUCCCCAGUUUUCUCACUAAUGUUUGGCGUGUUCACUCCAAAGUUUGCGUGUACUGUUGUUUACUCUUCUUUGUGACCUCCCUCAAGGGAAACCAUCGCAAUUUUAAAUUAGCAGCCAUAACACUGAGGGGGGGGGGGGUCUUCUGUGUGGCUCUGAAACACUGCUGAAAUUUAGUGGGAAAGCGUUUGCCAGUGACGUCAUCAUCUUUGAACGCGAACAUUUACUUCCUGGUUUGCGCUGUAUAAGGAAAUCGUGUCAACGUCAUAUACAGCCUUUCAACAGAAGGCAAAUGGGCGGUACGGUGGCUCAGUGGUUAGCGCUGUCGCCUCACGGCAAGAAGGUCCCGGGUUCGAACCCCGGGGUUGUGUCUGCGGCGGGUUUUCUCCGGGUGCUCCGGUUUCCCCCACCAUCAAAAAAACAAACAAAAAAAGCCAUGCACAUUAGGGUCGAUACUCCUGUCUGGGCCCCUGACCGAGGCAGGGCAAGACGAGCUGGAGUUGGUGCCCGGGCGCUGCAGCAGCUGGGAUGGUUUAAAUGCAAAGAGGAAUUUACCCCAUGGGGAUUAAUAAAGUAUAUCAGAAUAAAUAAACUCCUGCAUCACAUAGCUGUGUGUAGCGUUGUUGUGUGUAGUUUCUUCUACAGUGCAGCCUGUCGGCGACAGUUGUCCCAUUCACGGGUCGCCACCAGCGAGCACGACUUCAGCAGUGUUUCAGAGACGCACCGAGGAUUAUGCACCGGAAACCGGGAUUAUUCCCGUUUAAGCACUCGGCGUUGGGGGACUCAGGAGCAAACGGCGACCCCGCACACUUGAACACACGGAGUCCGGACCGACCGCAGCGCCGAGUGCGCAGUACCGCCGCGUUUCCAACUGCCUCAGUACGUCAUAUCCUGUCCCCUCAGCGGGGGGUUAGACGAGAAGCGCACACGC